CUUCUGACGUCUACUCUAAUCAGUCACUUAAUAUCCUCAGAUUUCUUCCACGGUAUCAGUGGAAGAAAUUUUCCAAUUUCUUUCGAUUAAAACUUCUAAAUUGCCAGUGAAACUUUAAGAAACCAAAAUGGUGCUGACGGCGGACGUUAAUUUGCCCGAAGAGUCCGAGUUGACCGUCCCCGAGGUCAAUCUAUCGAUGGCCAGUUUGAGGGCUGGUUCAUUCCACCUCGGGAAAUACUGCGAGCAAGCUAAUAAUGAGUUCAUGCUCUGCCGGUUCGAGGAGAAGGAUCCUCGCAAGUGCAUCAAUGAGGGCAAGGCGGUCACCGCUUGCACCAUGGAGUUUUUCCGCAAGGUGAAGAGCGCGUGUAUGAGCGAGUUCAACCAGUACGCCAACUGCAUCGACAAGAGCUCCGGGGACUUCAGCCUCGAACACUGCCGCACGACACAGGGCGUGAUGGACAAGUGCAUGUUCGAGAAGCUGAACCUGGCGCGCCCAGACUUCGGGUACUUCACCGAGGCGCGAGUGCACCACACCAAGAGGCCUAAACCUCGCUCGGAGCCCGCGCUGGAGUUCCCGGACGCGACGCCGGCGCUGCCCGCCGACGCGGAGCGCAAGCCCGCGCGCAUGGGCUCGCGCUUCUACUGGAUGACCGAGUAAACCCACCUGGUUGGCGAAAAAGCGAUCGAGUACCGGUCUCCAAAGCGCGACCAAAAGUUAAACACCUUGUCAUUUCGUUGUCAGAAAUCAAAAGAUGUGUUAAUGCAAUUUGAUCUUUAAUCCGUUGGUAAAAAGGUUCAAAACUAUGCUAUUGACAUGUUUUCUUUUGAUUUUUGACAAGUUGUAGAAAAUGAGUGGUCUUUGUGUAUAAAGUAAAACUUUAGACUUUUUUAUUAAUUUUAUUUAAGAUCUUUUUAUUUGUUUACGACAAUUAUAUCUGUCAUAAAUAUGUAAGAGCAACUUUUCUAACGUUUACUUUAUACAUUAAGUUAGGUUAACAAAUCAUGUAGAUUAAUAAAAAAUAUUCAAAU